GAGAGACUCCACAGCUAUUUGAAGACUCACUGCAAAGUCAAGGUACAGCAAAGAUGAGCGUCCUUGUAACAGCUCUGUUUGCUGCAUGCGCCCUGUUUUCAAGUGUCAAUUGUGCCGACAGUUCAGUUGAGUGGUGUUAUCAUCUGCCGUCCUGCAAUGAUACCAAGUGGCCGGUCAUUGCAAGUAAAUAUUGCAAUGGAACCAGACAGUCACCCGUCGAUAUCGUCACAACAGCUGCCAAAGGAGAUGCUAAACUCACUGAAUUCACCUUCCAUAACUUUGACAGCAAGUCUGCUUUCAAAACAAUUGAGAACACCGGAAAGACAGUCAAGGUUAAUUUCAACGGUGGCAUGACGAUUUCUGGAGGAGGUCUGUCCGAGCCCUAUGACAGCCUCCAGUUACACUUGCACUGGGGAAACGGCUCCUCCAUUCCUGGCUCUGAGCACACUGUGGAUGGAAAGCGCUACGCCAUGGAGCUGCACAUUGUGAACGUCAAGUCAGUCCAUAAUCUAAACGUGACUGCGGCGGGUGCAGACUCUACUGGCCUGGCUGCUCUUGGUUUCUUCAUUGAGGUAAUGUCAGGUGAUGCGACUGGCCAACCAGCUAGCUGGAAGACCUUGACGUCUUACCUGGCCAAUAUCACAAAGAAAGGUAACUCGUCGUCAAUGGCAUCUGGGAUUUCACUGGAUGAUCUCCUGGAAGGAGUGAAUCGCACAAAGUAUUAUCGCUACCUGGGCUCCUUAACCACCCCUAGUUGCAAUGAGGCCGUGGUUUGGACUGUGUUCAAGGAGCCAAUCAAAGUCAGCAGAGAUUUGAUUGACCUCUUCAGCACAACGGUGCAUAUCGGCAACGGCUCAUCGCCUUUAAUGGUGAAAAUCUACAGAAACCUCCAGCCACCACAAGCAGUCACAACCCAGGCUUCGGACUCUUCUUCUACAACCUACUUAUCUAUGGGACUGUUGGCUCUGAGCCUCAUGCUGGGGAGAUGUUACUAACUACUGUUGCUGGUGAACCUGUCUCCCACAUAUGAUUUUUGUCUGAACUAAGCCUUGUCACUGAACUUUGAUUUCAUGAUUAGUAUAGUGCCCUAAAUGUAUGCUCCAAUAUGCACAU